UGUAAUAACCUACAUUGAUUGUGUGUUUUCGAAGCUUUUUCGAACGUUAUUCUUAUGAAUCACACACAUAGCAGGAGGCGUCUCUCUCCAUUUAGUUGUAUUAUCUGUGUUGAGAGGACGAUGCCUUUGAGGACGGGACUUUUUCUCCUGAUGGUGCUGACCGCAUCUGCAUAUGAACUGGAUCAAAACGAGUCUUAUUCGCCCAGGAGAACACGCUUUUCUGCCAAUAGCCCUUCAGAUGUGGCACGCUGUCUCAACAGUGCCCUCCAAGUUGGCUGCGGGGCCUUCGCUUGCCUGGAGAAUUCAACUUGUGACACAGAUGGCAUGCAUGACAUCUGCAAGUCCUUCCUUUACAGUGCUGCUAAAUUUGACACUCAGGGUAAAGCAUUUGUGAAGGAGAGCCUUAAGUGCAUUGCCAAUGGCAUCACAUCGAAGGCAUUCCCCACCAUCCGCCGCUGCUCCACCUUCCAAAGAAUGAUAUCUGAAGUCCAAGAGGAGUGUUACAGCAAGCUGGAUAUCUGCACUGUUGCCCGAUCAAAUCCAGAUGCUAUUGGCGAAGUGGCACAGCUACCAAGUCACUUCCCCAAUAGGUUUUAUGGUAAGCUGCUCCAGAGCCUGAUGGACUGCGAUGAGGACACGGUGGACCGCGUUCGGACCAGCAUGGUGUCGCGGCUGGGCCCAGAGAUGACCAUGCUUAUUCAGCUGCUGCAGAACAAGCCCUGCCCAUCCGCUGCUGUGGCCGCAGCUGCCGCCAUCCCAACUGAAGUGGAGGGUCGUGGGAGCUGGCGCUGGUCCAUGGGUCCUCACAUGUACAAGAUCCAGCCGAAUCUGCGAAACACAGACUCCGCCAGUCAUUUUGGCAAAAAGCGCUCUGCCGGCGACAGCUCCUAACUUCCACUCAGAUUCAGAAACUCCACACACUCCUCAAAAAAUAUCAUGAAAGCUCCUCUAUUCCCUCGAGGUGAUGCAAUCCAUUCCUCCGCUAGACUGGAAGUUACAGACAUACGCACCUCUAGGGAAUGCCGGAACACACGUAGAAUUAAUAUCAGAGUUUGGUAGUUGUUUUAUUGUAUAUUGUAGAUUGUUGGCUUGAGAGAACCGCUCUUCCAUCGAGUGCGCUCACCGUUAGUGUUGACCGUGUGGCUGCUGCAUCUGUGCGACAUGGUCCUGUGCGCUCCUCUUCACCUCCUACAACAGAGAUGAAUCCUUAAGAAGUCUUUUGAUGCCAAGCAAAAAGAGAAAAGAAAAAAACAGCCACAGUGGUUCACGCCUCUAGAGCACAAGUCGCUUUGAAAGAUAACGCAAUCUCAUAAUCCCGGCAUUUAAUCAUGAGUAGAAAUCAGUAGUUGGAUUAUUAUUAUUAGUUCAUUGAUAGGAAUGGGAUAUUAUUGGUAGAUGUAUCUAAUAUUGCAGUGAUGAGACCAGUCAAAUUGUGAGCAUGAGAUGUGAAAAUGAGUUUGAUAUCUAUUUUCUGAAUAACAUAGGAGUCAAGUGUACUGUAUACUAAGUUAUCUGAGACCAUCGAAAAGAGAGAGUGCUCGUGAGGUCUGUAGAGGUUUCACAAUAACCUUUAAGUAACCAUAAACUGACCAAAAAACUUCAAACUGCCCUGAAUGCUAUUCAUGAAAUACCAAAAUAGUGUAUAGCUAAUAGCACUUAUAGUUGUUGUUUUUCUCUGAUGGCAGAUGUAGCCACUGUGUUUCAUCAUCCUGCACAUAAGGAUUGUCCCGGUCGUGGCCAAGUCUAUAUAUCAGAAAAAGUCCAUUUUGCAUAUCUUGUAUACAGACACUUGUAAUGCAUACGACUCUUGAGCUCUACAGAAUAUGCGGGACCAUGUUUAGUGGAAUCUGUAUCGAUGCUCUUAUCGGAGCUGGAGGCAGCAGUGUAUGCGCAGUAGUUGAUUAGCACGUUUACCGAUGAGAAUCAGAGCAGCCAUCUCCUCGGACUGAAGAUCAUCCCUCUCCGAAGCGAAUAACGUAUGGGAUCAAGAUCGAUAAUGACUAUUUAAAACAAAAAGCCUUUGUCGGAAUGAUAUUUAUUUUCCUACUAUAUUAUUUAAUUGCAUUAUUGUAGUUUUUAAUUAGUUUACAGAUUUUAAAAAGCAGUUCAGUCGUGGCUCCUAUUUGAACAUGAGCUCUAUGCCAAAAAGAAGAAAGAAGUGAGCUGACACUCUGGUGACUGAAUGGGACCCAUGUCAUGACUGUGCUGGCCAUAGGGGAACAAGGUCGGUCAUUCAAGUCAGGUGAUCUACUUUAUGGGUGUUACGAGGGACCACAACAAAACGAUAGCUUCAUUUUGACACACUUUCUGGUUGGGAAAAAAAAGGACGUCAUUGCAGCUGCUAGGUGUGCUUGUCCAGUGCUAAGGUAUAGUGCACAUUGUCGAUGACCGACCAUUCGGUCAAAGAAAAACAAACACCAGCAUCAAGUUCUUUUAUUGUUGUAGUUUGCAGUGCUUAUCUUUGCAUGGGCUGAAUCUUAUAAGUAACAAUUUACAUUGAUUAUCUUAAUCUCUUGCAUUUUUUGUUCCUGUUAUUAUUUAUUCUGUAUGUUAUUUUGUCAAUGUGUCAGUUCUGAUAUUACACAGUAGAGCAAGAAACAGGAAAAAUGCAAGAGAAAGAUCUCAUGGGAGUCCGUACCGCGGUAUCCGUGUCCACACUCUAUCGCAAAAAUCUCUUUUAAAGCUCUUGAAAAUCUGCUUUUUAAUCAAGACAUGAAAUGAAGGUAACAUUAAUUCUUAACUAACGUACUUAAAGUAGGUUUAUGUAAGAAGUUUAAUACACACGGUUUACCUUCAGCUAGAGCGCGUUUUACAAAGAUUGCCGAGGACUUUAGCUGCAGACAGAGUGAGAAAGUAACCAAUGUGUGUGAAGAUAUUUACAGGCCGCUGUUAAAAGUUAAAAGGACAUUCAGACUUUGUCUCAGUAGGUAAGAAGCACAUGUUAGUUUGCUUGUAACUGUACAUCAAAGUAACAAAAAGUCCCAGAAGAGUUUCUCCAUCAACAUUUUAAAUCUAAGAGUGCGUGUUUCACGGCCUUCAGAGGUCGAGACCAUCACGCAGAGCCACUUCAUGCUGGUGUUUGUUUUAUCGAUCCCUGGUACAUAGAUGGUGGUGAUAAUCAAUGGCGUAAGUUAGUUUAUCUAAUACCAGUAAAUUGAGAAUAUUUGUGCACAUUUAAAAUGCAAUAUCGAGAGUAACUUGGAACCCGGGCUGGGUUCGGUUCACUAUUAAGCAGUUCGCUCCAGAAAACACCCUCACUUCAAUAUUCAAAACUUGCAAAUCGGUCGUCUUGAAAAUAGUUUGAUCAGAAAAUUAUAAAAUAUAGUUUUGGCUUCAUGAAGGGAAUUGAACCCAGCCCCGUUUGGAAAAAAAAGUGAAUUUAUAUAUUUUCUUCGAUUGAUGAAGAGAGUGAAGCACAGACCAGAAAAAGAGUAAGAGAUGUCAGUGUCAAUUUAACAGCUAUGUUAAGAAUUCCAAACUAUGCAAUAAUCUCACAUUAAAGGAUUCACAGCAACACAGAAAUUGACCUUCAUUUCAUUCAGUGCCAGCUGAUGCUGUGUGAAUAAAACAGCAGCUCGUUUUGCUCUCACACUGCGCUCACAGCGUGAAGGCAUCGCUCCUCUCGAUUGCUUUCUGUUUCUGGGUUUUUUGUAAACCGGUUCUCUUUGUUCUGUAAAUAUGUGCAUUUCUUUUGUGUCAUUUGGUGCGAAAGGACAGUUCUGAAGGAAUCAUUUGGGAAGUUAAGAGCUAUAGUCACACUGUAGUAUAGCCGAGAUGACGAUGUUAUGUUAAAUAUGCACUUUGCAUCUUAACCACUAUAAAGGGCAUUGAAACGUUCAGCACAUGUGCAAUUCAGACAUGCUUUAUUUACCCAGAGACCAAUCAGUUAGAAUAUGUUGCAUCCUGAAGGGUCAGGGCUUCUUCAUGUACGAUUGAGACAUGUGUCAGUAUCUUUGUUGUCCAUGGGUAAAUCCAAAACCCAACAGCUGCUGCUAAACUGUUACUUCCCUGUGUGAUGCCGUCCAGAUGCCCCUCUGCACACACAGUGAUCAGUCCACAUUUACAUUCAAAUAUUUGUCUUUCCUUGUCUUCAUAUUUAUUUUCGAUUAACAUUCCUCGUAUCAAAUAUAUUUGGCAAAAUUGACUGUUUCCUCACCAAGUCAAAUGUAAUGGUAAUUUCAGAGAAUGUACCUGUAAACUGAAUGUCUGUUUCGAUGAGAACAUGCCCGAGUUAGGUGACCCGUGGAGGCUGUUAGGAAAAAACUAAAGGGAGAAAAGUAUAUGAGGAAUUCAGUUGCUUUCUGUUUUAGAUUGUAAUACAAGUAUAGGGUGCUUAAGGUGGUAUUGGAGCAUUAUUAAAUGGACCCAUGGGGCGUUUAGUGAACAGGUUUCUCCUGUCAAUGCGAGAGACUAAAGACUUCUCACUUCUGGCACUUCAUGGUACUCUUUCCUCUCAAGACUUGAACUAGAUAGAUGUUGUGCUUAAAACUAAAUCAAAAAGCUUCAGUGACUAGUAAAGUUUAUUUUGUAUUCAUAUAUAAGUGACAGUUAUUUUACUAUCAGAUUCAGAAAGAUAUCGAGGAUUUAAGGAGGUUACUGAAGUUCCUGAUACAGAUGCUAUGUAACGCAUGAUUGACCCUUGUGAAUCACUUGCACUUUAAAAUAUACCCAUAUACAUAUAUACCCAUACUGUGUAUAUCUUUGGGUUUUUCCUCUGUACUGAAAAGUCAUGAAAGAUACAAAUGCAUCAAUUGUGUGUCUUUUGCGGAUCAGAAAUAAAAUAUGUAUCAUAUCUGGCAUAUGGUAUGAAAUGUGUUGCA